AUGGAUGAAUCUGGAUUUCAAGCCGAAUAUGCUAAAUCAGAUCGAUCAACAUGUAAAGGAUGUUACUCAACCAUAGCCAAAGAUACACUUCGACUUGCUAUUAUGGUUCAAUCACCAAGUUUUGAUGGAAAAAUUCCAACUUGGUAUCAUAUGGGAUGUUUUUUUAAAAAAGUCAAACCAGCUGAUCCACAAAUAAUAAAAGGUUUUGAUAAUCUUCGUUGGGAUGAUCAAGAAAAAAUUCGUAAAAAAAUUGAUGGAACAUCAAAAAAUGAAUCAAAUGAUAAAUCAGGUGAAACAGAAAGUGAUUCAAAAAAUUUCAAUGCUGAAUAUGCUCGAUCAAAUCGAAGUACAUGUCAUGGUUGUAACAUUAGAAUUGAAAAAGAUCUUGUUCGUUUAUCAAAAAAAGUUUCAACAAAUCAUCAUCAUUCAUUAACUGAUCAAUGGUAUCAUAUUGAUUGUUUUAAAGAACAUAAAGAUGAAUUACAAUUUAAUGGAACUGCUGAAACAUUUUUGGGUUUUAAUGAACUUAAUAAAGAAGAUCAAACUGAAUUGAAAAAAAAAUUUGGUUCAUUAACUACUAAUAGAAAACGUAAAGGUGAUAAAAUAGAAAAUUCAAUAAAUGAAAAUAGUGAUGUAACAAAAGCAAAACAAUCAAAAACAGAAAUUAAUAAUGAUUUGACAUCUGUUGAAGAUGAAAAACGACAAAGAAAAGAACAAAGUGAAUUACUUUGGAAAUAUAAAGAUGCUUUAAGAAGAGAAGUACCAAAUGAUGUUUUAAAAGAAUUACUUGAACAUAAUCAACAAAAACUUGUUACUGGAGAAUCAAAUUUAAUUGAAACAGUUGCAGAUUGUAUGGCAUUUGGUGCAUUAGAACAUUGUUCUGAAUGUGGAGGAUUUCUUAUUUUUAAUCAUCAUUGUUAUCGUUGUACAGGUGAUGUUACAGAAUGGACAAAAUGUACUUAUACAACAAGAACACCAACGAGAAAACCAUUUAAUAUACCUGAUGAUAUUAAAACAGAAUAUGAAGCUUUUAAAACAUAUAAAUAUAAAAAACGUGAUCGAAUUUUAGCACCAGUUAUCGAAAAACAAAUGACGAUUCCUAAAACAUCUGAAGUUCCACCAAUUAUUCAAGAACCAACAUAUGAUUCAAGUUUACCACUUUCUGGUUAUGUUAUAUCAUCAGCUGGUCGUUUAUCAAGUUCUAUUGCAACUAUUCAAAAAGAAGUUGAACGAUUAGGUGGAACAUAUUCAUCAAAAAUUGAUGAAAAUGUUGGAAUUGUUAUUAGUUCAAAAGAUGAAAUUCAAAAAAAGAGUAAAAAACUUCAAGAUGCUGAAAAAUUAAAUAUUCACAUUGUCUCAGAAGAAUUUAUAAAUGAAAUAAAAAAUGAUCGUCCAUCAAUAAUAAUGGAAAAAUGUAAAAUUUCAACAUGGGGAAUAUUACCACAUGUUCGAAAACAAACUAAAGUAGAUGAAGAAGCUAAAAUUAAAUCUGGACAACAAACAUCAAACAAAUCUGAUUCUCGAUUAAAAAAAUCUGUACCAGAUAAAGUUCAAUUGAAAUUAAAAGAUGGAAUUGCUGUUGAUCCUGAUUCAGGACUUGAAGAUACUUGUCAUGUUCUUAAAGAUACUGAAACUGGUGAUAUAUAUACUGCUGUUCUUGGUCUUGUUGAUAUAAUACGUGGAACUAAUUCUUUUUAUAAAAUGCAAUUACUCGAAUCUGAUAAUGGUACAGAAUAUCGUGGAGAUAAAGUUGAUGAAUAUAGUCGACGAAAAGAUGCCAUAGAUGCAUAUCAUGCAUUAUUUCUUGAUAAAACAGGUAAUCAAUGGUUAGAUAGAAAAAAUUUUCAAAAAUUACCAAAUAAACAUUAUCCACUUGAAAUUGAUUAUGGACAACAUGCUGAUAGUGAUCAAAUGAAAAAAAUACUUGAAAGUGCAAAUUUAAAUAUUCAUUCAAAAUUAUCAAAUUCAGUUCAAGAACUUAUUAAAAUGAUAUUUAAUGUUGAAAAUAUGCAACAAGCAUUAUUAUCAUUUGAUAUUGAUUUAAAUAAAAUGCCAUUAGGAAAAUUAUCAAAAAAUCAAUUAGAUAAAGCAUAUCAAAUUUUAACAGAAUUACAAACAUUAAUUACUAGUGGAAUUACAACAUCAAAAACAGCUAUUAUUGAUGCAAGUAAUCGAUUUUAUACUUUAAUUCCACAUGCUUGUGGUCUUGGUUCAUUACCAUUACUUGAUAAUGUUGAAUUAAUAAAAACUAAAACUGAAAUGAUUGAUAAUUUACGUGAAAUUGAAAUAGCUUAUUCAAUGUUAGAUCAAUCAAAUAAUACAAUAGAUAGUAGUGAACAUCCAAUAGAUGUACAUUAUAAAAAAUUAAAAUGUGAUCUUGAACCAGUUGAUCAUAAUUCAGAUGAAUUUAAACUUAUUGAACAAUAUAUGAUUAAAACUCAUGCUAAAACUCAUGAUCAAUAUACAUUAAAAUUACGUGAAUUAUUUAAAACAAAACGUGAUGGAGAAUUUGAUAGAUUUAAAAAAUUUCAAAAACUUGAUAAUCAUCAAUUAUUAUGGCAUGGUUCACGAACAACUAAUUUUGCUGGUAUUCUUAGUCAAGGUUUACGUAUUGCACCACCUGAAGCACCUGUGACUGGUUAUAUGUUUGGUAAAGGUGUUUAUUUUGCUGAUAUGGUUUCAAAAAGUGCAAAUUAUUGUUGGACAUCAAAAACAUCUCCUGAAGGAUUAAUGCUUUUAUGUGAAGUUGCACUUGGUAAAAUGUAUGAAUGUUAUAAAGCAACGAGUUUAUCUGCAUCAACUUUACCUAAUGGUACUCAUUCAACAAAAGGUUGUGGAUCAACUAUGCCAGAUCCAAAAGAAUAUUAUCAUACAAAUGAUGGUGUACUUAUUCCAAUGGGUCAUGGAGUUUCAUCAAAUGUUCGACAAACUUCUUUAAUGUAUAAUGAAUAUAUUGUCUAUGAUACUGAUCAAAUUAAUAUGAAAUAUCUUUUGCGUCUUGAUUUUCAAUACAAAUAUUAA